CCAUUGGCAACCGGACCCGUGUUCACGAGGACAGUAUCUCGCGCAUCUGGACAGCCCCACACUCCGAGGACAGCGCGAGGAGGAGUUGAUGUAAAGAUAGUUGCUGUUGGUUUGUGUGUCAUCGCUAAAUAUAGAUAGUUACACAUUUUGAAGACUCAUAAAAAAAAACAAAAAACUUGGAGAGCUUUUGUUGUAAGAGCACACCGUGUUGUCUUGGCAACACUGGGCCGCCGUGCUAUUGAAUUUCAAAGAUGGGGCCCAUUCUUCUGUUCACGGACUUCAGCGACACUGAAUGAACUGAAACAGACUGAAACAGACUCGAACGGUGACAUCAAUGGUGUAAUCACUUUGAGCAGCUGAAGAGAAACAUACAAAGAGGGCCUACCAUCUGACCAUGACUGCUGUCGUCCGACCUGGAGUUCGAGUUUCAGAGCUCUGUGAGAAGGGGGACAAGUUCCUUGAGGCUGGAGAGUUAGAGAGGGCUACCACUCUCUACAUGUCUGCCUUCAGGACUCACGCCGCCUCCACUGUAUCCCACAUGCGGCAGUUGAAGUCUAGCCUGGGUGGAGUGAUCUCUUCUCUGGAAGGCUGGCUUGAUAGUUAUGGGGACAACCAGCCUGCAGAGAGUCUUAACAAAGGUCUUGCAGCUGUAUUUCUGUCCACGCUCUGCCCCAACAAUCUAUCAGCCACCAUUUUCAAAAUGGAGUCUCUCCUUCAGAACAGCGGGCAAAGCUGUGAGGAGAUUAUUGCUCGCUGUACUGCUCUGCUCGGAGGAAAGCAAAACCAUCUUCCUCAAGGCCCAGCCUGCACCAUGCUGGAAACUACCCGAGCCUUGGCCUGCUUGUUCUCAGAGCCUCACAGUGUCAAGGGGCUAAAGCUUUACCUCAGAGCUUACUUGAUGAACAAACCUGACACCAUCACACUCGUUCAAAACAGACAAGCGCAACACCUCCCUAAAAUAGUAGAGGCUUUUAAAGACCAACUGCUGCAAAUGCAUCCCUCUUUGAUGCCUGACGCUGGCUGUGCAGUAUCAACAAAGGAGAGUGAAAAGCUUGGUGUUGAUGCUGCUUCUACAAUUAUUGAGUUUUUGUUGGCCAUAUCACCUGGUGAUAGAGAUGUGCAGGAAGUCCAAGCAGCAUGUUUGUUUUCAGCCAGCAGAUUUGGAGACAGUGUAGAGAUGUACUCUGCUCUCUUGCAUCAUAGUCAUUAUAAGAAUGCACUGGAGAAAAGUGAGGGAAAGCCAUUAAAAGUUAGUCCCGAGAGGAGAGCCAAGCUCUUAACCAGUAGAGCUGCAGCCUACCUGUCAGCAGGUGGAAGGACUAUGGAGGCAUGCAGGGACCUGGGGGAGGCAUUUGAAACCCAUCCUGCCACUGCAAGGGUUUGUUUCCAAAGGUUAUUUACAGAUCUUGGUACAGGGAUGGCUGCUCGCAACCAUCUCCGUCAACAGGCAGAGAGGGGCCUGUCUGAUUACAGAGAAAGGGUCCUUAUUCGUCCAGACCUUCGGUCUACUGAAGGAGUUGAACUCCUGGACCCUGCCAUCACUCAGUUACGAACUCUGUGCCAUUUGGAGCCCGAUGGAGGAGGCAGAGAGCUGCGGGUCCGAUUAGCAGACUGUCUGCUCCUUAGAGGGGAACACAAAGAAGCCCUCUCUAUCUGUAGCCAGCUAGCUGCUGCUCAAAGUCCACAGAGCUAUCAAAACACAGUGCAGGUUCUUCGUGGAUACGCUCGACUUCUCUCUGAUGAACACAAGGGGGCAUUAGAAGACUUCCAGGCCGUGAUUGAACACACUGCCCCCCACCCAUCCAGCUGUGUGAGGGCGCUGUGUGGCAGGGGCCUCCUGCGAAUGAUGGACAGCUCAAACUACCUCACAGCUCUAGACUAUGUCACUGCCAGCAGGCUGCAGCCGCAGGAAACAGCACUGACUGUUCGCUGCUUAGUGCCAUGGAACUACCGGGGGCUGCUGGUCACCGUUUUACUGGAGCAGGGAAGGGUCAUGCUGGAGGGGACAGGAGAGCAUGAAUCCAAGUCUUGUCCCCACGAAGACUCCCGAAAGCAACAGCAGCGAGAUCAGCUACAGGCCUCAUCAAGGAGAGACAACCAGAGAUCAGGAACUCCUGCUGGUGUCCACUCCCUGGCUCUUCUAUUGAUGGAGCUCCAGCCUGGGACUGAUGGGUCUCAGAUCCUGGCAGCAGAUGCCUUGUACCAGCUUGGCCGAGUGGAGGAGGCAUACCGGCUACUACUAUCCAUAGGGUCCACCAGUCCUCGGGCGCCAGUACUGGCUCGCCUUGCCCUGCUUCAGCUACACAGAGGCUUCUUAUAUGACACCAAUCAGCUCCUGAAAAAGCUCAUUCAGUGUGGUGACACAUGCUGCUUGCACCCCCUGUUGGCAGUGGCACAGCAGAAGGAUCGAGCUCUGCUGCAGGCACACUGUCACUUUGCUGCCAAACGCAUCCUGGAGGGCACACGAGAGGAGAGCGGUGUCAGAGAGGCUGUGGCAUAUCUGUCCAUUGCUAUCAUGGCAUCUGGUGGCAAGGCAGUAGACUCUCUGCUGGAGAGAGCAAGGUGUUAUGCCCUGCUGGGCCAAAGAAAGACUGCUAUCUUUGAUUUCAGUGCCAUUCUGAAGGAGAAUCCAAAACAUGUCCAGGCACUCUGUGGAAGAGGCUUUACUUAUCUCAUCCUGAACCAACAAAAGGAAUGCACACAUGAUAUCUUGGCAGCACUUCAGAUAAACACAGAUAUAGUGACAAAAGACAUCCUGUCACUCAAGGACAAGGCACGGAAGCUGGUCUGUGAUUGGCUGCACCAGUUCUGCCGAACCAACCUUUCAGACAUCCUGGUCUCUUCCUCUGUUCCCUGCCACGAAGAGCAGCUUAGAGAGGCUUUUAUUAUUAGUGGAGCUCUGAUGAGGACUGACUGCAGAGAGCCCAGAUGGCAUCUCCUCUAUGUGGACACACUUUUAGCCAAAGGUGAAGUAGAGGCAGCGGGUGCUCAUCUGUGCCAGGUGUUUGGCCAGGAGCCAAGAGAUGCAGUGGCUCAGGCCAGGCUGGGUGUGGUGGAGGCCUGGAAGAAGAACUACCGCAGCGCAACACACAGGCUCAGCAAACUGACAGAAAAAGAUUCAUCCAGUUUGGACUUUCUGCUUGCCCUGAUCCCAGUCACUCAUCGAAAAUGCACUGCACAGGUAGCAGCACAGGAGGCCAGCAAUGUGUCAUACAGUGGCCACUGGGAUCAGACUCUCACACUCUUGAAUGUUGCAGUACAAGCAACGGGCAAUCACAGAUCUCAGUAUCUUCGCCAGCGGGCUGCUUGCCUCGCUCAACUUGGCUUACAUGAGCGGGCCACUAUCGACCUAGACAGAGUUAUCCAAAGACAUGGGGGAACUGACCCUAGUUGUUCAGAUGAACCUCAUGUGUGGGCAGAGGACCUGUGUCGACGAGGCCGCAGCUUAGUGCUUUGCUCCAAAGAAGGAGCAGCUCUGGAGGACUUCACCCAGGCUUUAGAGGUCCACAGGGACAAGACCAUCCAGUGUGUAGAGGCUGGUCUGGGGAGGCUGCGCCUGGCUGAGUGCUUCCUGCGGGGGGCGCUGCAGCACUAUGGAGAACAGCAGCUCUGUAAAGCCUGGACAUUAGUUGAAUGUGGCCUUGUUAUGGACAGUGAGAAUGCAGAGCUCCGCAGGCUGAAGGCAAAGGUGAAACGAGAAGUGGCCAGCCCCUGUAAUGUCAACUAGUACUGAAAGUUAGGAUCAAAAAGAGCUCCACCUGAGGUCACAUAAUGUUAAUAUAAAUUUGCUUAGAUCUUAACAGGUCGCACAACUUAACUGCUGUCAGCUCAUCCACAUUUUACAGGACACAAUACAUUGUUGUCUCAGGACAUGGUACUUCAGGCCAUAAUUCUUCUUCAAGUUUAACAGCAGUAUGUGUUAUAGUAUUCCUCUCCUUUAUAACUACAGUUCACUCUAUAUGAUUUUCAAUGCAAUAAGUUCACCAGAUCCUUUACAAUCCUUUUACUUUUGGAAACACUUUACCAAGAUAGUUCAUAUAUUUAUUAGCUUAACCCUCCUGUUAUGUUUGUUUCUUAGGGACAGCAAUAAUGUUCUAGGGUCAAUUUGACCUGGGACACAUUUAAUGAUUCAAAAGUGUCAGAACCCAAAAAAAUCCCAAUAAACAUUUUUUAAAUGCCAUUAUCAACUCCAUUACUAACCAUUUAAAUCAAUAUUUAUUGGAUUGGUGGUCUUUAAUUCUCACAGAUCAUGGUCCAAUGAGGAUAAUUCACUUGUUUCUUAUUCCUGUUUUUUUGUGUACAUUGGAAAGUGAAUGGGGUGAAAUAUGUCACACAGUUGCAAAGAAACAUUUAGUAUUUGACACUUCUGACCCCUUGUAGCCUCCACUUUGACUGCCGGGUCAAAUUGAACCACGAACAGUAUCUAUGUAAUAUUAACAUGCAGGGGGAGUUGCAAAAUGAACCAAAAAAAUACUUAACUUUUUUUUUUUUUGAUUUUCGAACUUUAGAAUGGGUCACUUUGACCUGCAACACAACAGGAGGGUUAAUUAUGAGAAAUCAAAGACUCAAGGUCACACUGAUUAUAUUAUACAAAGAAAUCACACAACAUGAAUUUAAAUUGUUUAUUCCAAUCAAUCACACCAGGAUAAGAGCUAUGAGAAAGUGAUCAAUGUGCAGGUUUAAUGCUCUUGAAACAAAUAAGGCACAAUUUUAUUUCAAACUACCAAUGACAACAACCACAAUAUAGAAUAAGCAUAAAUACAGGAAAACAGAAUAAAAACUGGAUGUUGUCCCUAACACUGACAUUUAAUAAUUCAAACUUAAUUACACAGUCUUCUGAGUGCCCCUAAAGAGAAGCUUUAUGAAUUAGAUGGGUGUAGAAAUAUAGCUUGAUCUGUUUAGAGUCAACUUCUGUUUAGAUGGUAGUUAUGCAGACACUGUUAUAUAUUGUGGUUCCAUGUUGCCAAAGUAAGACUUCUCCCACUCGCUCAUGAGGUCAAAGUGCAGUGGACGGUCACAGAAGGUGCAGGAAGCUGUCGCCGGGCUGUUGAGCAGGAGCCCUGCUUCCUGCCACACCUCCACCAGUUUCUCUGUGAAUCAAACACACCAGUUUAGAAGAAUGAACAAUUACAUGCCAAUAUUCAUUUCUGUAUUGUUUCUUCUUAGAAAUAAAAUGUAAUCUCUUGAACUUUUUGCAACCA